AUGUUCAAUAGGCUCUUUGCAAAUGCUCGCAGAAUCAACUUCCCCAUUUAUGUGCAAAACACAAGAUUUAGGCGUCUAGAGCUACCCCGACUGGAAUAUAUUCCAGGUGGGCUGACACUACUGUCUCAUCCAUUAUAUAUCGUGACAGGAGGGCGUUAG